GGAUUCACUUCAGAACUGACUUCAGGGAAUUUCAAGAACAUCCUGAAAGCCCUGCUCAGGGUUAAGGCAACCUGAAAAAUUAAGACCAAAGAACGAAGGAGGAGGAUGAGGAGAUGGAUCCCACGUAUUGAUCGUCUGAUGUGAAGUGAGGAGGGAACAGGAGACGACCACAGGACAGGUGUUGCUUUAUUUCAAAUAAAGUUACCUCCUGAAGUUCAGCAGAAGUAGCUGACGCUGUAGAAUCGGGCCUCAUGGAUUGACUGAGAUCAUUGGAGACAGCCUGCACACAGAUGUUUCCAUAAAGUGAAUUGGGGUCAAAGCUUGAACGAGCUCAUCUUGACCCUCUUCGCACUGAGAGAAAACACUUUAAUACAUUUGAAGAGAGCGUCAUGAAAGGGUUAAACCUCAGCGGUGGGUUGCUGAUGCUUCUGCAGCUUUGGACCUCGUCGGUCGUAGCUGAUGCGGCCGGUGUUGCGAGCGCAGAACGAGGAGGAGGAGCUGGCAGAAGAAGAGGAGGUGGAGGAGGUGGUGCGGAGAGGAGAAGGAAGUUUCACCGCAUCCAACAUGGCCAGUGCAGCUACACCUUCAUCCUGCCAGAGCUGGACGGAUGCCAAGGCGGAGGAUCGGCGUCACAGACCGAACCAUACGGCGUGUCUCGCAGCGGGCCGAGUGUCGUGCAGAGAGACUCGCCGCCGAUCGACGGAGAAUGGUCGACUCAGAAACUGCAGCACCUGGAGAGCACGAUGGAGAAUAACACGCAGUGGUUGCAGAAGUUGGAGAACGUCCUUCAGAAGAGUGUGAAGCCGGACGUCACUAACAUACCGUCGCACGUUGUGCACAACCAAACGGCCACCAUGCUGGAGAUCGGAACAAACAUCCUCACGCACACCGCGGAGCAGACUCGCAAACUCAGCGUGGUGGAAGCAAAGGUGCUGAACCACACGUCCCGAAUAGAGAUCCAGCUUCUGGAGAACUCUCUGUCCACCAACAAGCUGGAGAAGGAGAUGCUGCUGCAGACCUCCGAGAUCAGUCAGCUCCAAGACAAGAACAGUCGUCUGGAGAGUAAAGUCCAGAUGUUGGAGUCUCAGCAGAAAGGAGAGCUGGAGGACAUGAAGGAGGAGAAGAGUCGGCUGCAGUCUGUCAUCAGGACUCAGAUGGCGGCCAUCGAGUCUUUGGAGAGGCAGCUGAGAGUCGCCAGCAGCAACACCACGGCGCUGCAGAGGCAGCAGGUUCAGCUGAUGGAGUCGGUCCACACACUCAUUAACAUGGUGGCCAGUACUACAGGGUCCCCCCCCAGGGAACAGAGGUGGAGAGAUUGUGCAGAUGCUUACAAGGCGGGUCACUCUGUCAGCGGUCUUUAUAACAUCUACAUCGGCAACAGGACUGAAGCUGUGCAGGUGUUCUGUGACAUGCAGACGAGCGGUGGAGGCUGGACCGUCUUCCAGCGGCGAGUUAACGGCAGCGUGGACUUCCAGAGGAGCUGGAGGGAAUACAAAAUGGGUUUCGGGGACGUGUUCGGGGAGCACUGGCUGGGUAACGAGGUGAUGUUCCUGAUGAGCAGUCAGGGUCAGUACUCUCUGAGAGUGCAGCUGAGGGACUGGGAGGGGAACCCCGCACACGCCCAGUACGACCGGUUCACACUGGCCAGUGAGAAGCAGCAGUACAGGUUGUAUCUGAGAGGUUACAGCGGCACCGCAGGGAGGCAGAGCAGCCUGGCCACACACGGGACCGGCUUCAGCACCCGAGACCAAGACAACGACAACUGUGACCACUGCAAGUGUGCGCUGAUGCUCACCGGAGGUUGGUGGUUUGACGCUUGUGGUUUCUCCAACCUGAACGGUAUUUAUUACACCGUCGGCCACAACAUCAGGAAGCUCAACGGCAUCAAGUGGCACCACUUCAGAGGCCCCAGCUACUCCCUGCGCUCCACCUCCAUGAUGGUACGACCCUAUGACUUCUAGCAUCACCCCUACACCUCCAUGAUGGUACAACCCUAUGACUUCUAGCAUCACCCCUACACCUCCAUGAUGGUAUGACCCAAUAGCAUCCCUACGUGCUUCCUGGUGAAGUACAUUUUCUAACAACACCCCUCGGCUCCAUCUUGGUACAACCCUGACUAUCUCUCAGAUAUUCAGCCGUAAACUCGCUGCCUCACCUUCAUGCUUUUCUAAGUCUUGCUGGAUAAAUGUUUUGCGUCUCCUCUGAGGGAAUUAGUUUUCAUAACAGAUGGAUUCAUGAGGUUUUAUUAAAAAACAAGUUGGAAGGCAUCGAUGGAAGCUACCAUGGUUAAGUGUCUUUGUAAAGGACACUUUGUCAUGUGGACAGUAGCAGCUUGGGAUUGAACCGCCGACCCUGUGAUUGGUGGACAACCUGCUCUACUCAUGGAUACAUAAAGAGAACUGGAGAACAAUCGUUCCUAUGAAGGUUUCUCAGACGCAUGAAGCCAAAAACGUUUGACUUCCUGAAUAUAAAAUGACCCAUUAGUCACAUGACUGGAGGGAAAAUAACUCCGGUGCAUUAGUGCAUUUUACAACUUUUAGGACCUAAUGAUUUCUGUUCUGUAAGUCUGAACAUGAGAACAUGAAAGAGAGGAAUGGACACAGUAAAAGUUUCAUGUUGGAAAGAAGAGAAACUGCAGAGGAGUGACAGCAGGCAGCCUUCGCUUAUGUGUUGUGUCAUUUAUCCACCUGCUUCAGAAAAACAGGAACAAGCAGAAGAACCAGGAGCGCAGCGCAGAUAUGAUGAAGCCAACAGCCACCGAUAACUUCAGCACGAGGAAAGGUUGUGGAUAAUACCUGCCACCUUUUAGCACCACCUCAGCCGAGCUUCCAAGCGAGCUGAUGCUAAAAUACUGUUAAAACUGUGCAGAGCACUGAUUGGUCGGAGAGAAUCGUCACAGGACAUCCUGCACAGUGCAGGUACCGAAACACACAGGAAGGUUUUCUGCUGUCACUUACACAACUUUCGGUUGUGUUGUCUCUUAUUAUGUAUUAAGUCUUAUACGUCAACAGUUUUACAACAAACUGCGACUUCCUUGACAAACAUCAGAUGUGUGAUUCAUGGCACACCAACAAUGUCUCCUUAACUACCGAAAUAAGUUCCUCUGGUGGUCCAGCGGAAGGGGCGGGACUUCUUUAUUAAAGCAGUUCAAUUCCUCGUGAGGAAAGACAUCAAUGUGUGUGAAAACUUCUGUUGUAAUUCAUCCGAUACUUGUUGAGACAUUAAACUCAAAACCACGGAUGUCAACCUGCAGGAGGAGGUCUGUCGGCACAAAGCUUUCAUGAUGAUCCACCUGAGAGCUGUUGGAGCCGCCGUCUGCUCAGUCGUCUGUCACAUGUUCAGCUGUCGGCCACACAGAGCCAGUAAAUCACAUUUGUGUUGAGACAGCCGGUUCAGAUGAAAAGAGAAGCUGACUCUGGUGAUGCGAGGUUUACGAUGGUGAUUGUUCUCCUGCAGCCGUCAUCAGUUUGUCCUUCACUUUAUUAAAAUGCACUUUAUGGAACAGAAGGUGAAGUUUAGGACAGUUUGCUCUCAUUGUUUCAGUGUAUUGUUUGUUCUGUGUUUCAUGAUACUGAAAACUUUUCACUUUUUCAGGCUUUUAUUUACUGAGCGCAGCAAAGCUCGUCCACCCAACUGUAAGCAGUCUGCAGUGUUUCGUACAAUACAUAAGUAAAUAAAGCCCAGAAUAAUCUUCCAAAAGGGAUUUCAUAAAGAUUCUUUUGUCUUUUUGUUUGGUAAUUCAUCUAUUCUACCACAGUCAUUAAAGUACAUGAGUUAUGUGUCAGACACAUUUACAUCAUUCUGAAUAAAUAGUCUUUUGUUUGUAAAAUGUUUAUUGAUAAAUAAACUCAUAAAGUGUU